AUGGUACGAAAGAAAACCCAAUAUCAACUGCUAAAUAUCGCUCCUGGCCCCGGUGAAACCAACAAUCCUACAUUCUUUGAAUAUUUGUUUAGCUCAAUACGACAUCACAAAGGUAUAGUUACCAUGGUUAUCUUUGCUAACUUGAUUACUUUAGUAAGUAUACAUCUAUUAUUUCUUAAAUACGCAAAUGCCUUCCCGCAUAUUGCUAGAAACCAAGAUGAGUUUGGAACAAUCAAGAACAACCCUUCCAAAGAUCAACAAUCCCCAUUUUCAGACCAGUCGGGUCUCAUUAAUUUAAUCAAUAGUCCUCAAAAUAAGGCUAUUUACAGCCAAAUGAAAUACUCCAGUUAUGCAUUUUACGACAACACUACAAACACAGUAGGAACUAUUGAAUACGUGCCUUUUAACCAGUAUCAACGCCAGCCAUAUGUUGCCAAUGGAUAUAUUGGCAGUAGAAUUCCCAACUUGGGCCAUGGGUUCACGUAUGAUCAAUUAUCGGAUGCUCCAGAUGCAAAUGAUGAUGAUUUACUCAAUGGAUGGCCAUUAUUUAAUCAGAGAUACGCUGGUGCUUUCAUUGCUGGGUUCUUUGAUAUCCAAAAGAAUACCUCGGGUACUAAUUUCCCGGAAUUGUUGGAUAACGGGUAUGAAAGUGUAAUUGCGGCCGUGCCUCAAUGGACUACUUUAAAAUUAUCAACUACAAAAGACAACCAGAACUACACUUUGGAUCCAUCCUUACCACCGGCACAAAUCGGAAGCAUUUCCAACUAUGUACAAAACUUGUCUCUUAGCAAUGGUAUUGUAACUACUCAAUACACUUGGUUGGAUUCCAUUGAAGUAAAGUAUGAAAUUUUGGCUCAUAGACAUAAUAUUCAUUUAGGUGUGGUCAACUUGGAAGUAUACAACCUGGGUAAUGAAACUGUUAGAUUAGAUAUAACUGAUGAAAUUGAUUUCAAUUCAGCUCAAAGGUCUCAAUUGACAGGUGUCAACACCGAUGAUAAAGGUAUUUACGUUACAUUCCAACCAAGUGAGAUAGAUUACGUAAAUGGUGCUAUUUAUUCCACUUUAAUAGUUGAUAGCCCAAUCACACGACAAACUACCAAUGGCACUACUGCUCAACAAAUUGCUACCAUUUAUCUUCAGCCCCACGAGAGUUUAAGUGCUAACAAGUUUGUUGGAAUUGCCUCAUCUGAUUUGAACCCUGACCAACUAACCACCACAGAUUCAGUUUUGAAUAUCGCGAAAGAAGUUUCUCAAAAGCACCAAAAGCUCAAACCAGUAGUGAAAUCCCAUAAUGAACAAUGGAAAAAGACAUUAGGUGAAAACCCAUUAGUUACAUUCCCUGAUGCGCCAUUGUUAAAUUUGGGAUCAAGAGCUUCCAUCUACCACUUGAUUGCAAAUACCAGACCCGAUGCCCAAGGAGUUACUGCUGCUCUUGGAGUUGGUGGAUUAAGUUCAGAUAGUUAUGCCGGAUUGGUUUUCUGGGAUGCAGAUUUGUGGAUGUCGAAUGCAUUAUUACCAUUUGCACCUGAUCACGCCAAGAGCAUUGUUAAUUAUAGAUUGUAUACCCAUGCUCAAGCCGUCAAGAACAUGCCUGCGGGCUAUGAAGGUGCUGUAUAUCCUUGGACCAGUGCCAGAUUUGGAAACUGUACCGGAACUGGACCAUGCUUGGACUAUGAAUACCAUAUCAAUGUUGCUGUUGCCAAGGCUGCUUGGAACUACUACCUUAGUGGAGCAGGUGAUGAGGAUUACUUGGCUGAUGUGGCGUACCCCAUUAUUAAUGAUGCAGCUACAUUCUUCUCCGGUUAUCUUGCUCAGUAUAAUGAAAGUGUGAAUAGAUACACUACACAUAAUCUCACUGAUCCUGAUGAAUAUGCCAAUCAUGUUGAUAACGGUGCUUACACUAAUGCUGGUAUUUCCCUAGUCAUGAAAUGGGCUAUUGCUCUUGGAAACCAUUUAGGUAAAGAUGUUCCACAAAUAUUUCAAAAUAUUGCUGGUAACAUGUAUAUCCCCUCAGCCAACAAUUCACAAGAAAUCACUUUGGAAUAUAGUGGUAUGAAUUCAUCCGUAGGUAUCAAGCAAGCAGACGUAAUUAUGAUGACAUAUCCCUUGGACAACGAAUUGCUUGAUUUGGAACAAGCUUAUGAAAACAUGGAGUUUUAUUCAAUGAAACAAGUGAGUUAUGGACCAGCCAUGACAUUCCCAAUUUUCUCCAUUGUGGCUGCUAAUUUGGCACCUACUGGAUGUGCAUCACAAUCAUAUUUACAAAAGGCAAUUCAACCAUUCCUUAGAGGACCAUUUGCCCAAUUCUCAGAACAGAAUAAUGAUAAUUUCUUGAUUAAUGGAGGCACACAUCCCGCAUUUCCAUUUUUGACUGCCCAUGGAGGAUUUACCCAAGCUGUACUUCAAGGAUUGACGGGUAUGAGAUAUGACUACUUUAUUCAAAAUGGUACUUUGGUUAGAGCAUUGAGAGUUGAUCCAAUUGCAUUACCUUGUUUAGGCAGUGGUGUUCAAUACGAAGGAAUAUACUAUAACAACCAUUCCGUUGCCAUGUCUAUAAAUGAAACCCACUUCACAAUUCAAAACCGGGGACCUACUGAAAAAUCAGCCGGCAAGUACAUUAACAUUAUUGUCGAUGACAGAAAUCCAAAGCAGGGACAAUACGCCUUGGAUGAUUACGACGAAAUGGUUAUCCCACUUUAUACCCCUAUUGCCAGUUAUCCAGACAGUAUUUCUGAAUGUGGAUUAGCCAGUUUCUAUAACAUCACCGAAGGUGCCUAUGGAGACUUACCAAUUCUGAUUAAUGAUGGUGAUAAUACAACCAGAUGGCAAGUUAAGAAUAACGACACUAUCGGUAAGAUUCUCGUUGAUUUGAAAUCAUUCAAGAACAUUUCCAACAUUUUAUUCAACUGGAGAGACAAACCACCUCAAACAUUGAGACUUUCCGUCUAUAAUGAUAACCAGUUCACCGAUGCUACUGAUUUCUUCUCCAAGGUUGACUUUGGAAAUGGAUUAUACAAUGAUUACAAGUACCAUAACCCUGAUUCCCAGAUUGUCAAUCAAAGUGAUGUGUUCACUGAAGUGUACUCAGCAUCGGUUGAUAUUACUGCUCCGUACGAUAGUAACGAAUUCAAUGAAGUUAUGGUUCCUGACAGACUGAAUAUCACUUCAUUGAAUUUAAAUCUAUAUAAUAGAUUCCUAUUGAUUGAAGUGAACGGUAUUCAUGAUGCUGAACCUGUAGAAGGAGACACUGGUGGUGCCAAACUAGCUGAGGUUACAUUUUUCUAA